UAGCGAGCGUCGGGAUUUACACGCGCGCGUCUAGUUAUACGUAUUAAAAACAUAAUAAUAAAAAAAAAAAAACACGCCAGACAAAAAUCGUUCGCCCCUACCAGUGUGCGGUGUGUAGUGUGUAUAAUAAUAACGACGAAAAAUUGCAACGUGUGAAUUUUUAAAUAAUACAAAAAUUCUGCUCCAUUGUAACCAACGGUCGACGAAUGUUACAUCUCCACGCGUCGGUUAUAAAACAAAACGAAAUAGUAUACUUGGAACGCGCGUGUGUGCAUUAAUUGCGUACAGCCGUUUUGUGCAGAGAGAGAGAGAGAAAAAAGUGUUCGGGGCAGGUUGCCGUUGCCUUCGUUUUCGAAUUAUAUUUCGUUGCUGUUAUUCGAAAAAAAAAGAAAAACCCCAGUGAAGUGAUUCUAGUAUUCCGGCAAACACACGGUGUGUUGUGUGUUGUGACGUAUUCAAUUAGUUCGAUUGUAAAACACAGAGAGCCGCAAAGCGCAAGAUAACGAAGAUAACCGUUUUUCUGUCUCACUUUUUCUCCGAGUGUGUAUGUUUGUGUGUCUGUGUGUUCCGUGCUGCAUAUAGGCGUACAUGCACGCCGGUUUAAAUUUUUCACCAUUGACCCGGCUUGCCGGCAAUUUACAGUGACGACGUGGUUGUUGUUGUUUUUUUCGAAAAAAUAGAACGUCAUUCUUGUGCAUCCUAUAUACGUAAAAAAAAGAAAAAUACGCGAGUGCGCCCGCAGGCAAUUUCUGUGCGUGUGUUCGUGACACGGUAUAAAAUAAUAUACAAACACACACACACACACAGUGGCAAGGUGUUUCGAAGGCUUCACUCUACCUGCUAUCCGUAUAUAUCAUAGUGUAUGUGUGUCAAUUUUUCGUGCAGUGUUGCUAGUAUAUAUACUGCGUGAUCCUCCAGUAUAAUACGAGUGUGUUAGUGUCUCAGUGUAUAUUUGUGUAUCUGUGUUGUUGUAUACACACAAAGCUGAGAGAGCAGCAGCAUCAGCAGCUGACAAAAGGCUCAUUCUCCGUGUGUGCAGUGCGUGAGUGUGCAGCGGUGGAGAUAAACAACGAGCCGCCCCGGGUGUUUUCUAUAUAUAUAUACGACGACGGUUCGGCGAUGCCCGAGACUUUUUAAGCAAAGCUUGUCAAGAAGAUGAGAGAUCGACUCGAAUCAGAGUUGAGCUCUCCAUCCAGCCCAAAAUUUUCGUCACUCGACAAUGAGCUAGCACAAAAAUCAUGGUGAGACAGAAGCAGCAGCAGAGGGUGGUGACGGCGAGGGUGGCUUCGUCCACCGGCGCCGCGCCUACCGUGCUGCACCCGAGACACCAACACAGCCGCCCUUGGCACCACUGCUGGCUACUCUUACUACUGCUACUGCUGCUCGGGGCAUCGAUCGGCGUUGGCUGCUCGCCGACGUCGAGCGCGGACCUCGAGCGACGACUCGACGACAGCCCGAUCGCCCUGAACCUCGCGAUACCGUUGGCUGGUAGUGGUUAUAAAAGCAGCGGCAGCUUUACGCCUCGCCUGACCACUAGGCAGCUCGCGCGUAAAGCCAAGAUUCCACUGCCCACGACCGGUCGGCCGCCGCCACCGCAACUACUGCAGCAAGAGCAGCAACAGCAGCAGCAGACCAGCGCCAUCAAUCAGCACGAGAAUGCCGCCCAGCACAGGUUCCGCUUCACCUCGUCGCACUACAACGUCUCGAUCCCGGAGAACUCCAUGAGCAAGACCUACGUCACGCCCGAGGAGAAGAUGGGCAUCGAGCUGAAGGGCGCCGAUCGACGCCUCUACGACGAGAUCAAGUUUCGCAUCGUGUCCGGCGACAAGGACAAGUUCUUCAAGGCCGAGGAGCGGGUCGUGGGGGACUUUUGCUUCCUGUUAUUGAGGAUGCGCACGGGUACCCUCGACGUGCUGAAUCGCGAGCGCAAGGACAAAUACGUGCUGGAUAUCAGGGCGAGCGCCAGGAGACAUCACGGAGGUGGCAAAAAUAGGCAACAACAAAGUAAUAAUAAUAAUAAUUUGAUGAUGGAGGCGCAGACGAGCGUCACCGUCACCGUAUUGGAUACGAACGAUCUGAAUCCGUUAUUUUAUCCGACCGAGUACGAGAUCACGGUGACCGAGGACACGCCCGUACAUCGUAGUAUCAUAAAGGUCAUGGCCGAGGAUGCCGAUUUAGGCAGAAACGGAGAGAUUUAUUACAGUUUCUCGGAGAAGACGGAACAGUUCGCCGUUCAUCCGGUCAGCGGCGUGGUCAGUCUCACGAGGCCGCUUAGGUUCAUGGAAAAAUCGGACUACGAUCUGACGGUACUCGCUCGAGACCGUGGCGUCCAUUACCGCAACGCGCCGCGCGCCAGCAGCGCCAAACUGACCAUACACGUGCAGCAGGUGAAUCUGCACGCGCCGGAAAUAUCCGUGCGCCAUCUGCCCGAGAUAAUGGAGCACUCGAACGCCGACACCUACGCCAUAGUCCGGGUGACGGAUCGCGACCCCGGCCCGCACGGACAGAUAGCCAGCCUGGACAUAGUGGCUGGCGAUCCGGACGGACAUUUCCGCGUGCGGCCUCUGAGUAACAGCGAGAGCGGCGAGUACAGUAUUCAAGUGCUCAAGCUGCUGGACCGCGAGACGGCGCCCCAGGGUUACAAUCUGACGCUCAGGGCCACGGAUCGCGGCACGCCCCCGCGCUCCAGCUACAAAUCCGUGCCCGUCCACCUGGCCGAUCUCAACGACAACGCGCCGAUCUUCAGUCGCGAGAUCUACGAGGUCAAGGUGCCCGAGACCGCCCCCGUCAACAGUCCCAUCAUCCGACUGAAGGUCAGCGACGCCGAUCAGGGCAAGAACGCCCUGGUCUUCCUCGAGAUCGUCGGCGGCAACGAGGGCGGCGAGUUCUACGUCAACGCCGACACCGGCAUGCUCUACACCGCCGUGCCCCUGGACUUCGAGAAAAAGGCCUUCUACACGCUCACGGUGUCGGCGGUGGAUCAGGGCAACAGCGGCACGCGCAAGCAGUCCUCGGCCAAGGUCAAGGUCUACGUGAUCGACACGAACGACAACGAUCCGGAGUUCGAGCACGACUCGAUGACGGUCGAGAUGGACGAGAACGAGCCCGCGGGCACGUCCGUGGUCCGUGUGGUGGCCAAGGAUCGGGACUCGGGCGAGAACGCCUACAUCUCGUACAGCAUCGACAACAUCAAGCGCGUGCCCUUCGAGAUCGAUCAUUUCUCGGGUAUAGUCAGGACCAAGCAGCUCUUGGACUACGAGACGAUGAAGAGGGACUAUCUGCUGCACGUGAGGGCCAACGACUGGGGACUGCCCUAUCGAAGGCAGAGCGAGAUGCAGUUGAGGGUCAGGUUGAGAAACGUCAACGACAACAGGCCGCAGUUCGAGAAGGUCGACUGCGUCGGACAGUUGGCUAGGAAUUCGCCCGUGGGCACGGAGAUCAUCACCGUGUCGGCCAUGGACUUCGACGCGGGCAAUAUCAUCAGCUAUCAGAUCGUCUCGGGUAACGGCGACGGCUGCUUCUCGCUCGACCAAACCAGCGGUGUACUGUCGGUCGCCUGCGAUCUCGCCGAUCUCAAGUCCGCCGAACGCAUCGUAAACGUCACUGCGACCGACGGAACGCACUUCGCCGACGUCAACAGCAUCGCCAUCAACCUCGUCAACGGCAAACGAAAUCCCGGAAGCGGCCAGCAGCAGUCCAAACUGCUCGCCGACGAGACGGGCAACUUUCAGUGCCACGACACCGGAGUAGCCCGACGUCUCACCGAAGCCAUCGCCCAAGCCGAGAAGAACAACAUGCCCUCGGCCGAGGACGAGUACACCCCGAUGCCCAGCCGCUACGGCGAGAACGUCCACGCACCCGAAUUCGUCGAUCUUCCCAACGAGAUACGAGUCAACGAGUCCGCCCCACUGGGCUCGGUCUUGGCCAAACUCGUGGCGCGGGAUCGCGACCUCGGCUACAACGGCAAGCUCGUGUUCGGCAUAUCGGCCGGUGACAGAGACUCCGUCUUCGAGAUCGAUCCGGACAGCGGCGAGUUGAGGGUCAUCGGUCGACUGGAUCGCGAGCGCGAGAGCGAGUAUUUCCUCAACAUCACGGUAUAUGAUCUCGGCAAACCUCAAAAGUCAGCCUCGAGAAUGCUGCCCGUCACGGUGCUCGACGUCAACGACAAUCCACCCAAGUUCGAAAAGGCACUGGCGAGUUUUAGAAUUCCCGAGAACGUGGCUAAUGGAACCGUCAUCUUUCGCGCUAAUGCUACGGAUCCAGAUUUGGGUGACAACGCGAAGAUCGCCUAUACGUUAGUUACGGAUACAGCGGACUUUUACAUCGAUCGCUCCACGGGAGUUCUCAGUGUCAAUGGAAAGCUGGAUCGAGAGCGUCAAGAUUCGUACGAGCUGAGGAUCAGAGCUACGGACAGAAACGGUGGUGACGACUCGAAGAGCGAAGACGUCGAUUUGGAAAACUCGCCGCUCUACUCCGAGGCGUUGGUUCACGUCUACGUGGACGACGUCAACGACAACGCCCCUGCCUUCGCUCUCAACAGCUACACCGUCAAAGUGCGCGAGGACGUGCCCAUCUGGAGCGUCGUGGCCAUCGUCGAAGCCACCGACCCGGACGAGGGUCUCGGUGGCACCAUAGUCUACAGCUUCAGCGAGGACCUCGACAACGACGGUGGCGGCUUCUUUGAGAUCGAUCCGCUCUCGGGCACGGUGAGAACGAUCCAAAAGCUCGACUUCGAAGACCGCCAAGUGCACACUCUGACCAUCAGAGCCAGCGACAAGGGCGAGCCAGCUCUCAGCUCCGAGACGAUCCUCAUCGUCGAGAUCGUCGACGUGAACGAGAACGUGUUCGCGCCGGUGUUCAGUGAUUUCGUGGUCUCGGCCACGAUCUACGAGAAUCAGCCCGUCGGCAGUUUGGUGACGCAAGUGCGCGCCAAGGACGCCGACGCGCCGGGCAUCGACUCGCGCAUCAGCUACAGCAUCCGCGGAGGCGACGGCGUCGGACUCUUCGGCAUCGACGACGAAGGAAAUAUCAAAACUAAAGCCGUGCUCGACGUGGAGACCAAAAAUGGAUAUUGGCUAACGGUUUACGCCCAGGAUCACGGCGUCGUUCCGCUCAGCUCGAAAUUGCAGGUAUACGUGGAAGUUUUGGACGAGAACGACAACACGCCUUUGACGGAACUGCCGGUUUAUUACCCGUCGGUUUUGGAAAAUUCGCCAGCCGGCGUGAGCGUCGUGCAAAUACGGGCCUUCGACCGCGACGUGACCCCGCAGCAGUUCACCUUCUCCAUCAGCAGCGGCAACGCCGAGGGUUACUUCCUCAUCAAUUCCACGAGUGGUUUAAUAACGACCAGUGGCCGUAAGCUGGAUCGGGAAAAUCAAGCCGAGCACAUACUCGAGGUGACGGUGCGAGACGACGGCAGGCCGGCCCUAUCGUCGACUACCCGCGUCGUCGUGCAGGUCGAGGACGUGAACGAUCACGGCCCCAUGUUCGAGGAGAAGUUUUACAUCGUGCAGAUCCCGGCGUCGCCCCCGAAUCUCGAUAAGCCGCUUUUCCAGAAAAACGAACGUAAUCGUAACGCACGAGCCGGUGGCGAUGCGCUAACGAGUCCCGGCAACAGCGAGACGGCGAACAUCGCAGGCGCAGGAGGAGGAAGCGAGAUAGUCGAGAUGUCGGUGGACGCGUUACUCGAGAACGGCACUUGGGAAACAUUUAGCCCGGACAGCCUGACGGGCGAUCGAAUCUUCAGGGUAUUGGCACACGACGAGGAUAUUGGCAAAAAUGGCAAAAUCCAGUACAGCAUCAAGAGCGGCAAGGGCAAGGGCAAAUUUAAAAUUCACCCCAACACCGGUAUGGUUUACUCGCAGAAGGGCUUCGAGGCGGGUCAAGAAUUCGACAUGAUCAUAAAAGCCUCGGACGAGGGCGAGCCACCGCGCAGCCAUCAAGCUCGCAUCUCGGUGCAGGUCGUCGAGACGCCGCGCGACUCGCCGAACGCGCCCCAGUUCAAGUCCCAGAAUCAGAGCGUCGAGGUGACCGAGUCGGAUCAGGUGGGCUACCUCGUCGCCCUGAUGCAAGCCACCGACAAGGACGGCGACACCCUCUGGUACGACAUCGUCGACGGCGAUCCUCGCGACGAAUUCGUCAUCGGCCGCGACAACGGCAACGUUCUGCUGGCCAAACAGCUCGACUGGGAGACGCAAAAGUCCUACGUGCUCACCGUCGCCGUCACGGAUGGCGUGAACGAGGCGCGCACUCAGCUCCGCGUCAAAGUCAUCGACAUCAACGAUCAUCGGCCGGAGUUCAGCGAGCCGCUCUAUCGCGUGCAGAUAUCCGAGAAUCUCGUCGAGCGAGGCGAGCGAGUGCUGCAGCUUCACGCCGAGGACGCCGACGAGGACAAGCGCGUUUUCUACUCGCUGCACAACGCCCAGAAUCAGGCCAGCUUGAGGCUCUUCCACGUCGACUCGAUCACGGGCGCUCUCACCCUGAACGAGCCGCUCGACCGCGAGACGAUCGAGGAGCACGUGCUCACGGUCAUGGUGAAGGAUCAAGGCACGCCGCCCAAGCGCAAUUACGCCCGGGUACUGGUCACGGUGCACGAUCACAACGAUCACGCGCCGCUCUUCAUCAGCGAGAUCGUCCAGGCGAAGGUGUACGAGACGGCGCCGAUAGGCACGGAAGUCGUGCAGGUCGUCGCCGUGGACUGGGACCGGGGUGACAACGCCCGACUGAGCUACUCCAUGACAUCCGGCAACGUCGGCAACGUGUUCAGCAUCGACGCGGAGCUCGGCAUCAUCAGGGUGGCGCGCGAACUCGAUCUCGCUUCGUCGUCCGAGUACAUACUGCUGGUCAAAGCCACGGAUCACGGCUCGCCACCGCUCGCGAGUAGCAUCCCCGUGCACGUGAUGGUGACGAUGGCCGACAACGCAGCGCCCCGUUUCGUCAAGCAGCCCGGUAACAAUGGUGAACUCGCCGCGGAGAUCUACGAGAACGAGCCGCCCGGCAGCUUCGUCAAACAUCUCGAGGCUCGCGCGACCUCGUCGCUGCAGUAUUACAUCGUGGAGGGCAAUAUAGACGAGGCUUUCUUUGUGAAUCCCAGCACGGGAGUGAUCACGACGCAAGACAGGCUCGAUUACGAGAAGCUCAAGUUUUACAAUCUGACGAUCGAGGCGACGAGCAUGGCUGGCUCCGCGGCUCGUUGCAACGUCAUCGUUCACGUGCUCGACAGAAACGACAACGUGCCGCGAUUCUUGCAGGCUAUCUAUACAGGACAGAUAAGCGAAGCGGCGAGCAUAGGCUCGCUCGUGUUCAGCAGCAACAGCACGAGCUCGCCCCUGGUGAUCAAGGCCGAGGACGCCGACUCGGAGCUCAACGCUCUGCUGAACUACGACAUCGUCGAGGAGCUGCCGCGGAAAUUCUUCCACAUUGACUCGAGCACGGGCGCCAUACGCACCGUCAUGCUGCUCGAUCACGAGACAAUACCCAGCUUCGAGUUUCACGUCAAGGUGUCGGAUCUCGGCAAGCCGAGACUCUCAUCCGAGACCACUGCCAAGGUCCUGAUAGCCGUCACCGACGUCAACGACUGCCCGCCCAAGUUUCGCCAGAGCGAGUACAACGCCACGGUGCUGGUGCCGACUUGGCGCAAUGUCGCCGUGGUCAAGCUCGAGGCCUUCGAUCCCGACACCACCAACGCCCUGCCCGGACAAACUUCCUUGAGAUACGACAUUAUCGACGGCAAUCAGGCGCAGGCCUUUCAAAUUAAUUCGCAAACUGGGGCGCUCACUAUCAGCAAUCCCGAGAACAUGGCAGCGAGCUAUCUGCUGCACGUACGAGCUUCCGAUGGCAAAUACUCGAGCGUCGCUCAGGUCAAUAUCAAUGUGGAAAAUUCGGAAAAUUCCGGCUUGGUCUUCCAGAAGGACUCGUACGAGGGCACUGUGUUAGAGAACUCGACGAAAAUCACCACUGUCGCGGUGCUACAUGUGCUCGGCACUGUCUUGAACGAACACGUCGUCUUUACCAUUCUCAAUCCGACUGAUCUGUUUGUGAUCGGUCAGACGUCCGGUGCCAUCAGCACGACCGGUGUGCGCUUCGAUCGCGAGUCCUGCGACAGGUACGAGCUCGUCGUCGAGGCCAAGAGCCUGGUGCCGAAGAAACGCGUCGCUCACGUGAUUGUGAACGUCACCGUGCUCGACAUCAACGACAACUGCCCGAUUUUCGUCAACCUGCCCUACUACGCCGUGGUGUCGGUCGACGCGCAAAAGUCCGACGUCAUCAUGAAGGUGCACGCCGUCGACCUCGACAGCGGCGACAACGGCGAGGUCAGAUACGAGCUCAAGAAGGGCUACGGCGAACUUUUCAAAGUUGCCCGAAAGACCGGCGAAAUAUCGCUCAAGCAGAAUCUCGAGGGCCACAAUCGCGAGUAUCAGCUCACUAUUGCCGCCUACGACGGAGGUAUAAGUCCUUGUUCGGUCGAAGUGCCCGUCAACCUCAAAGUCAUCGAUCGCUCGAUGCCCGUUUUCGAUAAACAAUUUUAUAGCGUCAGCGUGCUGGAGAGCAUCGAGGUCCAUUCACCUCUGUCGGUGGCAAUACAGGCCGAGUCGCCGCUGAAUAGAAAACUGAUUUACAGCAUUACAAAAGGCAAUGACUUUGAGGAAUUCGCCUUGGAUUUCAAUACAGCCCUCGACAGUAACAAUGGUCCUUGUGUCAUUUACGUUGUGGACGAGCUGGACUACGAAGAGAAAAAGGAAUACGAGCUGACGGUGCGUGCCACCGACAGCGUGUCCGGUAUCUACGCCGAGGUGCUCGUCUCCAUCCUCGUGCUCGAUGUCAACGAUUGCCCGCCCGAGUUCAGUCAGGACUCCUACAACGUCAGUAUCUCCGAGGCGGCAAUAUUUGGCACUGAACUGCUGCGGCUUGUCGCGCGUGACAACGACACCGGCAUAAAUCAACAAAUCAUCUACGCCAUCGAGAAUCGCACCGAUCUCGGCGAAAACAUCGCAGAUCUCUUCCACAUCGAUCCGGAGGAGGGCAUCGUUUAUCUGAAGCGAUCGCUCGAUCACGAGACGGCCGACUCGCAUCAUUUCACGGUGAUAGCGACCGAUCGUGGCGUGCCGAGUCUGUCGAGCACGGCGCACGUCUGGCUCACGGUCAUCGACAUGAACGACAACCCGCCGAAAUUCGAUCAACCGUCCUACAACUGUUUCCUGUCGGAGGAAGCCGAGCGCGGACAAUUCGUCACGGUGCUGUCUGCGUCCGAUCCCGAUCUGUCGGACGAACGGCUGAUUUACACGAUCGUCGGCGGCAACGAGCAGCAGACCUACAGCAUCGAUCAGUCGACCGGCAUACUGACCUUGAUCAAUAUGCAGAAUUUCGCCGAGGAAAAGAUGACCGUGCUCAACGUCUCGGUGAGCGACGGCGUGUACACGAGCUUUGCCCGAGUCAAGAUCGACAUACUUCCGGCCAAUCGUCACGCGCCGAAAUUCAGCAAUCCGAUCAUCGAGGCCUCCGUGCAGGAGAAUAAGCCAGCUGGUAGACUGGUGGCCAGCGUCGUUGCGACCGACGAAGAUUUUGGAGAAUACGGCGCAGUGCGCUACUCCAUCUCGUCCGACUAUAUGCAGGAAUUCUUCGAGAUUCACCCGGAGCGAGGCGACAUCGUUACCAAAAAGUGCCUUGAUCGCGAACAACACAAACUCUUCGAGAUACCGAUCGUCGCGAGCGACGGCGGCGGCAAGGCCGGUUUCGUCAUCGUGCGCGUCAAAGUCAUCGACGACAACGACAACACGCCGGUAUUCCUGCUCAAGGAGUACAAGGCUUGCAUACAUUCCAAUUACACGGUGAACUCAGUUUUUCUCAAAGUCAAGGCUGUCGAUGCCGACGACGGUGACAACGCCAAGAUCGAGUACUCGAUUCUGGAGCCAUCGAAUUCCGAGAUCAAAAAUAUCUUCGGUAUCAAGCCCGAUACCGGUGCACUGUUUCUCAAAGAGUCACCAAAGAGUUAUGAAAAUCAACUGUUUCAACUAUUCAUCCGUGCUAAGGAUAAGGGACCAAAUUCUCGUCACGUCGAUGUACCGCUGGAUGUAUUCGUCAUGGGCUCGAACGAUGUACCACCGCUCUUCGAGCGCAAGGACGACAAGUUCUUCGUAUCGGAGACGUCGCCGAUCGGUACACCGAUCACACGCCUGAAGACGGUCAACAAUACAAACAGAACUAUCACGUGUCGCAUCGUAUCGUCUGGCAACGAUUUUCCUUUCAUCGUAGAUCCGAAAAAUUGUAGCGUCACUCUGUCAGCUAGCCUGGACAGAGAGAAGAAAGAUAGCUAUUUGAUCGGCGUUUUAGCCGAGACCGAUUCUAGUCCUCCCCUCACUGCUCUAGCCGAGAUCAGUCUGCACGUGCUCGACGAGAACGAUCACGCGCCCGAGUUCGAGAGCAAUCCCUACAGCGUCGGCGUGGCCGAGAACAUAGCCGAGGGCACGUCGAUACUGAAGGUCAUUGCGCACGACGACGAUCUGGGCAGCAACGGCGAGGUUCGCUACUCGUUCGGCACGGACAUCGGCGAGCUCGCCAAUGUGUUCACGAUAGACGCCUACACCGGCUGGAUCUCCAACUUGGUGCAGCUAGACAAGGAAAAGCAACCGGAGUACAAGUUUCAAGUGGUCGCCACCGAUAACGGCAACCCUCGACACUUUGCACGCACCUCGGUACUGGUGAAGCUCAAGGAUUACAACGAUCACUCGCCAGAGUUCGUCACGACCGAAGCGGGAUAUCAGGCCACUGUAAAAGAGGACGCCUUGCCAGGAACUGUAGUAGUUGAAUUGACAACGACCGAUAAGGACGUGGACAUGAAUACACCUGUGGAUUAUUACAUCACCGCGGGAGAUCCGCGCUCGCAAUUCGCCAUUCGUUCCACCGGCCAAGUUUACGUAGCCAAGGCGUUGGAUCGAGAGACGAUCGAUCGUUACGAGCUCACGGUCGUUGGCACCGACGGCAAGUUCGUGUUCGAAACCAAAGUCACCAUCCAAGUUCUCGACGUCAACGACAAUCCACCCUACUGUCUACGCUAUCGUUAUCGCGAGGUACUCAGCGAGGGUUCGCAUCCGGGCAUCUACGUUUUGACGGUCCUCGCGACCGAUUACGACGACGAGCCCAACGCCAAGCUUCGAUUCUACCUGACGGGCGACAAGAACGAGAAGUUCUCGCUGGAUAAGGAGACCGGUGUUUUGAAGACCGUGGGUCAGCUCGAUCGCGAGACCCAAGCCAAGUACCUGCUCACGGCUCACGUGCAAGAUCGCGACAAGCCCAGCUGGGAGUGCUCCUCGCAGCUGGAGAUCGUCAUCAGCGAUCUCAACGACAACGCGCCGAAAUUCAGCCAGCAGUCGUAUAGCGCGACGCUGCCCGAGGACGUGGAGAUCGGCACCCUGGUCACGAAGGUUCACGCUACGGACGACGAUAUCGGCAUCAAUCGCAAGAUCAGAUACGAGUUCAUCGACUCGGCCAACGAGCACUUCACCAUCUCGUCGGACAGCGGUAUCGUCACCCUGGCCAAGCCCCUCGAUCGUGAGACCCAAGCCAUGUACAACGUCAGCAUCAGGGCGAUGGAUCAGGGCGUGCCUCAGCUUCAGAGCAUCACCUAUCUCAUUGUCAACGUUCAAGACAUCAACGACAAUCCACCAGAGUUCACGUCCAAGUACUAUUUUGCGCGUGUGCCAGAGAUCGACGCCGUCGGCACUGAAGUCGCUCGAGUGCUCGCCACUUCCAAAGACACUGGAGUCAACGCAGAUGUCUACUACUCCAUCGUUGGUGGCAACGAACACAAAAAGUUCCAGAUCAAUCGACUCACAGGAGCCAUCUCCAUCGCUGAACAGCUCGACUACGAGCGUGCCAAGGACUACUACCUGACCAUCCAGGCGAUCGACGGUGGUGUACCUCCACUGACUAAUCACGCAACGGUUAACAUCACCGUGCUCGAUAGCAACGACAACGCGCCUAUCUUCAGUCAGUCAUCCUACCGAGGAUCCGUGAACGAAGCGGCCAGCUUGGGUGAAGCGGUUGUUCAAGUAUCCGCCAUCGAUCUGGACAGCAACGAGAACGGACAAGUGAGCUACACCAUCGAGCGAGGCGAUCGGCAGAAGCAAUUUGCCAUCGAUCCGAAAACCGGCCUGAUCACCGUGGCCGCCGCCCUCGAUCGCGAGCAAACAGCCACUUACAAUCUCGAGAUUCACGCCAAGGACGCCGGAUUACCGACCAUGUCGAAUUACGUGGUGGUCACCGUAGACAUCGAGGACGCCAACGACAAUCCGCCCCUGUUCGAUCAGGCCAACUACACGGCCGUGGUGCAGGAGGACAGAGCGCAAGGCCACCCGGUGCUGCGUUUCAAGGUGACCGAUGCCGACGCAGCCGAGAACGCGGCGCCCUACACUUUCGACUUUCGCGAGGGUAACGACGGCGACGCGUUCAGACUCGAGCAGGACGGCACGCUUCGUACCGCCAUCAAGUUUAACAGCCGAGUGCGCGAUCGGUAUCGGUUGCACGUGCGAGUCUUCGACAACGGCACGCCGCCACUGUACAGCGACACUUGGGUCGAAGUCAAGAUCAUCGAGGAGUCGCAGUAUCCACCUGUCAUCACUCUGCUCGAGAUCAACGUCAACUCUUAUCGCGACGAGUAUCCUGGCGGAGUGAUCGGUCGUGUUCAUGCGUCGGACAAGGAUCAAUACGACACUUUGCAGUACGCCCUGGUGCCUACCUCGCCAUCGAGACCCAACACCGAUCUCUUCCAGAUAGACAAGCACGACGGAACUUUGGUAGCGUUGCCGAGACUCGACGUAGGCGAGUACCGCGUCAAUGUGAGCGUGACCGAUGGCAAGUACACGUCCUAUUCCAUCGCUAAAGUCAACAUCGAGCUAAUCAGCGACGACAUGCUCGAGAACUCGGUGAUCGUGCGCUUCCGCGAGGUCAGCCCCGAGGACUUUGUCCUGAAACAUCGCCGUGGCUUCCUUCGCACCGUGCGCAACGCCAUGAAAUGCCGACCCAAGGACGUACUCAUACUCAGCAUUCAGCCGAGCACCGAGGCCGAGAACAACGUCAUCAAGUCUCGAAGCGCCCGCCAAGCCGGAGCCGUUGUCCACAACGAUCUGGACGUGCUGUUCGCCGUGCGCAAACCCGAUCCCAGCGAGUUCUACACCUCGGCGAGCAUACGCGAGGCCCUCAACCAGCACAUCGAGGAGCUCGAGGCGUCCACCAAACUCGUCGUCGAGGACAUCGUGCGCUACAAGUGCAGCAAGGGCCACUGCGUGUACGGCGAGUGUCGCGAUCGCGUCGUCCUCGAGCCCCAGCACAUCAGUCCGAUCGCCACCGACGUGGUGGCCUUCGUGUCGCCGCGUCACCGUCAUCGCACCGAGUGCAGCUGCAAGGAGGGCUACGCCGGCCAGCACUGCGAGGUCGUGGUGAACGAGUGCGCUCGCAGCCCCUGCCCCGGCUAUCGGGUCUGCGUGCCCGACUCGUCGGUGCAGGGCUACUCGUGCCAGUGCGCCGAGGGCUUCGCCGGGCAGAGCUGCGAGAUCGACAUGUCCAAGUGCCACGACGGCUCGUGCUACAUACCGCGCAAUCCCAUCAGCUUCAGCGGCAAGUCGUACGCGCGCUACAAGGUCGACGAGAGCCAGGCCAGCUCGACCAUCGAGAAACAGCUGAGCCUGUCGCUGCGCAUAAGGACCGUCCAGCCCACGGGCAAUCUCAUGUACGCCGCCGGCAAGAUCGACUACAACGUGCUGGAGAUCGUCAACGGCGCGGUGCAGUACCGCUUCGAUCUGGGCAGCGGCGAGGGUCUGGUGCGCGUCAACAGCUUCUACAUCAGCGACGGCCAGUGGCACGAGAUCGAGCUGCAGCGCGACAGCAACACCGCCAGCCUCAGCAUCGACGGCAAGCAUCUGGCGCACGGCUCGGCCCCGGGCGUCAACGACAUUCUCAAUCUCCAGUCGGACGAGCUUUAUCUCGGCGCCGAGGUCCGCCAACAUCCGGCCAUACUCGGCUUCGAGGACGUGCAGCGCGGCUUCGUCGGCUGCAUGGACGACGUCCGUCUGGCUCGCCAAUCGGUGCCGCUGCACGUGAGCGGCUCCGCCAGCGGUCUGCUCGUGCUCAAGCGCUUCGCCAACGUCGAGUUCAGCUGCGAGGCCACCAGUGUGCUAUCGCCACCGGGCGUUUGUGGCUCGCAGCCCUGCCAGAACGGAGGCACUUGCAGCGAAAGCAAGAACGACAGCGACGACGACGGCUACGAGUGCCAGUGUCACGCCAGAUUCCGCGGACGCAACUGCGAGAUCGAUACCGAUCCUUGCGCCUCGUCGCCCUGCUUGUACGCCGGACGUUGUCGUGUGCUACACGAGCUCGGUGAUUACGAGUGCGAAUGCGUCGGGCCUAAUCUCACGGGCAAACGCUGUGAGUUCGGACGUUAUUGCAAUCCGAAUCCCUGCAAAAACGGCGGGGUCUGCGAGGAGGGCAACUCGGGCCCUAUCUGCAAGUGCCAGGGCUACGCGGGCGAAAGGUGCGAGCUCGACGUCAACGAGUGCGAGCGCAAUCCCUGCGCCAACGGGGCCACCUGCCUCAACGAACUCGGCACCUAUCGCUGCGUCUGUCCACCCGGCACCACCGGCCUCAAUUGCGCCAAUCCGGCGAGCUACGCCACCGGCUUGAUCACCCACAAACUGCACAUCACCUGGGAGCAUCUCAUGUGGAUCGGUGUCGCCAUCGUGGUGAACAUCGUGCUCAUCGUCAUCUUCGUCUCGUGUCGCACGCUGGCCAACAAGCGUCGACGUACGGCGGCGAACAAUAUCAACAACGAGACGAGAAAGGAGCUCGUUUUGAAUUCGACCAGGCCCAACGAUCACGAGUACAAGCGUAGCUCGAAGCUUAGUAAUCUUGAAGUGGUACAGAGAGAAUGUCCUCCCCAAUGUCCUCCCCGUCCCGCCUCUUACACACCAUCUUCGAACAACGAACAACAGGUAUUACUCGGCUGCACCUCGGCCGCGGCGGUCGCGCUCAACAAUCUCGACACGCUGCGCAGCUACGGCAGUGCCGGCGACGAGCUCGAGAACUUUCCGCCGGAUUAUCUGCGUAAUCUCAAUCGCAACACGGGCAGCAGCAACGGUGGUACGGCCAAUACCAUGAUGAUGCAGCAGCAGCAGCCGCAGUCGAUUAUGCCCGAUCUGGCGCUGGACAAGCCGAGCUGGCAGGAGCAGAUGCAGCUGGCCUCGUUCAUCAGCGACGCGACGAAAAUUAAGAACGACCUGAAACGAGCUAGCCCAGUGGUAUCAGAAUCGACCACUGGAGGACUAUUACUGAACUCGAUACGUCGACCAGCAAUUCAUACUGGUGGGACAUCCAUUGCUUCUCUUUCUUCAAUCGAGGACGAUCCACGCAUUGUCGGUGGUUACCAUUGGGACUGUUCAGACUGGGUGAGACCGAGUCAUAAUCCAUUGCCCAACAUAACGGAAGUACCCGGUAGCGAAGUGCCGGAUUCGUCCAGCUUUCACAGUAACGAGAGCAACGAGUCGAACACGCAUCAGGUGCCGCUUUUGCAUAUCGGUUCACUCGAUCCGACGCGCGACAUCACGACCCUGAACGAGGACCAGGAGUCGGAGUACGUCGGCGACUCGGAAUGCGGCACCGAUCUAUCCGAGCACUACUACCUGCACAAGCACCACGAGCCUCUCCUGCUCUCGGACAGCAGCGUAACUCAGCGGCUGAAUCCACUCGACAGCGGCAGCGGCGAGGCCGAGUACAAGUACAGGAGCAGCGAGAGUUACCUGCGGCAUCCUAACACGUAUCUGCCGCACUACAACAUCCACACGGACACGGAGAGCGAGCAGCAGUCGCAGCAGCAGCCACUGAACGGUGGCGGCGGCGGUGGUUCCGCGACGACUCGACUUCUGACGGCGAACAAAAAGAAAAACAACGGCGUCCUCGGCGGCAUACUCGCGUCCGACGACGAGCACGACAACAACGAGGACGACGAGGACGAGGACCAAGAUCUCGACGACGACGACGAAGACAACGUAGUGCCUUACGGUUUCCCGAGCGCUCGGCGCAAUCGCUGCGCCCGCGCCACCGACCUCGUCAUCGGCACGCUCGACGAGCGCAACUCCCUGCUGGGCAACGGCAACGGCCAGAACGGCGCCAACAAUAGCAACAGCGACCUGUCGACGCACCUGUGCGAGAUCGACGACGCCGACUUCGAGAUCGCCCAGCAGAAGCAGAGCAACGGCCGUGCCUGGCACGUCGGUGGUGUCACUCAGACCUCGGUCUGAUGCCUCGCGCAGGUCACGAGCGCAGCAGUACUCUCCUUGUAAAUAGACAACAACAAAAAAAUCGUAUUAUCGUGUAUUCUAUAUAUCGUAAAAUACCUCAUUGUAAACAUAAAUCCACACCUCCGACACACUCAACUCACACUCGAGACUGUAUAGGCAACUAAAAAUCAUGUGCAUCGUUCUAGGAUAAAUAUUACAUAUACUUUCUCAUACUCCGUGUACCUAUACUUUUAUUUUAUCGUAAUCUUGUGUAUUAUUUCAUGAUGCCUUCGUCCCUUACGGUACUUAAACUUAUAUCGAUCAUGAUUUGAUAUUUAAUUAACGAACGCGCCGUUUUAUCGAACGGAACGGGUAAGUUUUUAGGUUUUUAUUUUGCUUUUCAUUGAUAAAUUAUUGAUAUCGAAACGAAGCGUGUAGUAUACCGCCCAUAACGUAGACCAAUGACUAUUAUUUAGCAUUUAGUACAUACGGAUAAGAUCUUUUAUUUGUUUUUUUUUUUUUAAAUCUUUUAAUCGAAUGUUUCAUUUUAAGAUUCAAACGCACGCUUUAGAUGUGCAAAGUGUACAUUGUUAUUGUAAGUUUUGACUGUAGUAACGAAUGAAAUAGAGUAAAGACUUCUAAUCUAUGUUUUUGUGAAUAAUUUUAAGUUGUGAGCCAUUUGUUUUCUUCACGUGAGCUAGGCUAAUAUUAAUUUGCGUUCAAAUUUUUCUAUCGAAUUAUUUUUAAGAUUUUAUCAGACUAUUAUUAAGCACUAAAGAAUUUAAAACAACAAAUGUGUAAAUCAUAAGGCGAAAAAGGAACAAUGUAUAAAGAAAAAAUGUAGUUCAAACACUGCAGCGAAUCUUCCGCGAUUCGAUAGAUUGUGUAAAAUAAGAUGCAGGCAUUAGUUCCCUAUAUUAGAAUUAAAAUGAAUAAAUGAGAAAAUGAAGAAGAAAUUUAUUUUUACUGUGAUGAUAAUAAUGUUUAUACGUCGAAAUGAUCAAAUAACUUCAGCUAUUAUAAACUAUAUUGUAUAAUAACAAUGAGAUAUUAUGUUGUGGAGUAUCAGAGAGAAAUUAUCAGUGUAAAUGAUCAAAUUACGAUUUAACAACGUUAUCAAGUGCGAUCUAACAAAGCCUAUUGUGCUAGGCUAUUUCUAAACCUAGAUAAUAACGAUUUAUUUAUAAAAAAAAUUACUAUAAUUAUAAUGUGUUGAUUUCUGUCUAGUCUUGUUCAUAGACAGGUUUUUUCGAUGAAUGAUUUUCAUCAGCUCAAAGUUUUUUCGAAAUCCCUAUACUGCCUUACUCGAAACAUGGAAAAUGGUGCUGCAUACGUUUUCUUUUCUAAAAAAAAAUGAAGUAACCCAGCAAAUUUCCAUCUUUGUAUCUCUUCAUGUAAGACUGGUUGUAAAAUAAACUCUUAUUACCUAUACUACUUGGCACUUGAUAGCAAUUGUGUUCAUUCGUAUCUUUUCUAUAUCUUUCGAGUCGAUAAAAAAGGUUUUUUAUCUUUUAUAAAUUUUACACUGCUCUGUAAUUGAAAUAUGAUUUUGUAAAUUUCUACCGUUUGUAUAUGCCAUAGAAAUAAUCAUAAUCGAAUGAAGUUUGGCUUUAUGUAAAAUACCAAAAUGUUUUCGAGUUUCUUUAACAUUUCAUUCCGAAUAUGACAGAGUAUUGAAUACCAUAGGAUGUUCAUUAAGCCUUUUAACAGCUGAUUUGCGUUAUCGGCGAUUGUGUAUCAUCGAAGGCAGCUUAUUCGAUUUCUUUUAUAAUUUUAGUUGUAUAGACCAAUUUAUAAUUACGAUAAUUAAUUUUGUAAUUGUAUUUAUGAAGCGAUUCUAAAGUUUCUUUUAUUUUUUAAAGCGUUGUGAAUAAAAGCAUAAGUGAGCGUAAUAUUAAAUGAAAAAAAAGUGAACGUUGAAGUUGAUCGAGCGUUUCUUAUGUUCCUGCGUUCUUGCCCUACAAAGCAUGGUGGCAAUCACACAUUAUACAAAAGAAAGAGAAAAAAAACACAAACUCACGUUUAUAAAAUAUACAUAUUCAAUGGUUAGGUGGGCGAGACGAUAUCAAAUAAAUUAUACAUAUAGCAAAGUAAUUUUUUGUUUUUACGGCCAUCCAUGCUUAUACACGAAAAGACGCUACACAGGGUGAUAAUAUUUAAAUGUUUGCGUUUGUUCGAUGGACGUAAUGUGAAACGUGUAAAUGUAAAAGAAUGCGACAAAAAAGAGAGCCUAUAAUGUAAUAUAAUCAAAUAAAAAAAAUGAUAAAAAAUUAGUCAG